GACGUCACUGCCCGUGCUGCCCCUCUCCACUCUGCCGAACACACCGACAUUAGUGCUAGUGUUGUGGACGAAGAGUGAAGUCGAAGACCCAGUUUCGCACGUGGUUCACUUUUCGUUGCGUUCGUGACGUUAUUCUUCUAUCGAUGUCCGCUACCCUCGUAGGGGGCGUCUAAUCCUUUCUGACAGCAAACGCGGAGGAUUCGUUGUGACGUUUAGUGUGCAUCUUCAGUAUCUGUGUCGGAGACUUCAACGCCCGUUCAGACGGGAAACCCCCUCAUGUUGCCGGGUGUUUCGAACUAAAAUGAAGCGUAGAUGGAACGGCUUCAGGGAUGCCGCGGAGGAGUCUAGCUCGGAAGUGACUUCUUCUUCGACUUUAGUGAUGAGUCCUGCCAAUUCUCUGGCUUCUGCGGAUAUCGGGGACGUCGAUCUCGAGUUCUGGGACUUGGAUUUGAACCACCAGCAUCACGCGAGGAAUCUGAUCAUUCAGAAUGGUUACACUUUAACGGGAACUAUUAUUUCCAGUCAUACAUUGGCUAAAAGUGAUACAAGUUCGAUGUCAGGUCGUGAAGAUCUAUCCCCUCCCAGCAGUUUGAACGGUUUCAGCGCGGAUAGCUGCGAUGCCAAGAAAAAGAAAGGACCCACACCCCGACAGCAAGAAGAAUUAUGUCUCGUAUGCGGAGACAGGGCUUCUGGGUACCACUAUAAUGCUCUCACAUGCGAAGGAUGUAAAGGUUUCUUCAGGCGAAGUGUAACGAAAAACGCAGUCUAUAAAUGCAAAUAUGGAGCCAACUGCGAGAUUGAUAUGUACAUGAGACGGAAAUGUCAAGAGUGUCGUUUGAAAAAGUGUCUGGCCGUAGGAAUGAGGGCAGAGUGUGUGGUGCCUGAGGUGCAAUGCGCUGUCAAACGGAACGAAAAAAAGAAACAGAAGGAAAAAGACAAGCCCAAUAGCACUACGAAUGGAUCUCCGGAAGUGAUAAAAAUAGAACCAGAGACGCUUUUCUUUCAGCUCUCCGAAAAUGAGAAAACCAUAUUCAACGGAGUCAAGCCUAUAUCACCCGAACAAGAAGAACUCAUUCAUCGUCUCGUGUAUUUCCAGAAUGAAUAUGAACACCCUGCCGAGGAAGACGUUAAACGAAUCAUGAAUCAACCCCUUGAAAGUGAAGAUCAGUGUGAUGUUAGGUUUAGACAUAUUACGGAGAUCACCAUACUGACAGUGCAACUGAUUGUGGAGUUUGCAAAGAGGUUACCAGGCUUUGACAAACUGCUCCGAGAAGACCAAAUUGCCCUCCUGAAGGCCUGUUCAAGUGAAGUGAUGAUGUUCAGAAUGGCCAGGCGAUAUGACUUUCAAACAGAUUCUAUUUUAUUUGUGAAUAACCAACCUUACUCCAGAGAUAGCUACAAUCUGGCUGGCAUGGGGGAGACCAUUGAAGAUCUGCUUCAUUUUUGCCGGACUAUGUAUUCCAUGAAAGUCGAUAAUGCCGAAUAUGCUCUGCUUACCGCCAUUGUGAUAUUUUCAGAACGUCCAGCCCUUAUUGAAGGCUGGAAAGUGGAGAAAAUCCAGGAGAUAUACCUAGAAGCGCUGAGGGCCUAUGUUGACAAUCGGAGGAAGCCCAAACCGGGUACUAUUUUUGCAAAACUAUUGUCCGUACUGACGGAACUCCGAACUCUUGGUAAUCAGAAUUCAGAAAUGUGCUUCAGUUUGAAACUGAAGAACAAAAAGUUACCUCCGUUCUUAGCAGAAAUAUGGGACGUCGACAUGAAGACAUAGUAGAAGAGAAUGAGACAAAAACCCGGAGAACCCGGAAAGGGUGGUGCUACUUUGUUUUACUGUUCGUUUGUUUUAUUUUCGUUGAUGUACAUAAUAGAAGAAAGGAAUCGGAUCACUUAAUAACGAAAAAUGGCAGUUGGACAAUGCACCACCAAUGCUGGCUGUGAAAUAUAAAUUUAUUCUUUUUUUUACUACUAACACUCGACGGCACCUAGAAAAUGUUAUUGAGUUAUAAAUUUCGUAGCUCGAUUUUUCGUAUAAGAAUCAAACUAUACGUAGAUUUUAUAAACCUCUAUGAAACUUUUAUAAAACUUUAUCUUGGCAAAAUGCUUACUUAAUUGGUAAGACUGGAUUGGACUGAAAAAUAUAAUACAAGGUGCCUUCACGAAAACAAGGAUCAUAAGUCUGAGGGCUGGUGCAAGCAAAAAACGACGACUAAAAAAAAGAGAAAUGUCAGACAGAAGAAGAUGAUGUAGUAAAGAGGGAUGAUCUAGAAAACGAAGAUUCAAAAGUGCAAUUUAGUUUUUAAUUGGUUUUUAUGCACCGAUUUUGGAAAAUGGAGGGCCGAAUUACUUCGAAAACACAAAGUGGAUACAAAAAUUAGCAGCCGUCCGAAACGCAUGAGAGUGGAAGUGAAGUGAUUCAAACGUAACGUCUCUGAACAGUGCUAUUUUGACGUGUGCCAUUUAACAUGGGCAUGAGUCUGCGUAUAUAGGUAUUAUAACCACUUUAUAGACUUUCCUGCCUUGAAAAACUAUUGAUGUUUAACUCUUUGGAUGUGUAGUUAGUAGUCUACUCAUUUUUUAUACUAUAUAGUUUCCGCCAUUAGACUUUCUGCAGCUAGUUAGAACCUGAAGAGCGAAAAACUUGAAUCAUCAGUUCACUCACAACUUUUGUUGAUCUUUUCCCAAUUGUGUCAUAAAGUUAAAUUUUCAUUUAGUAUUUGCGCAACCUGAAAGUCUAAAGUAACUCAACUCACUUUCAAUUCCUAAUAACGUAUAAAAAUUUUUCUAGAGAGAAUGUUUAAGAAAAGAAAUGAACUACAAGUCGUCUUUCACCUAAUUAUUAUAGGUACACGGUAUUUUUUGCCAAUACCUCAUCAAUUACUCGAUGACCAUUCAAAACCUCCCGAAGUGAUGGUAAGUUAUCGAAAACCUAUAAAUUAAGAACUCUCCAACACUUCAUUCUUGUGAAAUGGAUGAACAUUGUUGUUAACUCUUUCAAAUAGCUCUAGACUGAUACAUCUGAGAGUAGUACCAUAUCUUUUGAGUUUUGUUGAAUUCAAUAGGAGCCAGAAUAUUUCAAAAAUAUUACCAAGUCCUUUCCUCUCCUGUAAACCUUUUUUUUUAUUGCUGUUACUUGGGAGAUGUUUUAUAUAUUAAGUAGCCAAACUAACUUUGUCCCUUUGUUGCAUUAUGUGCAACUGAGGUCUCCCUUAUACAGCCUUAUUUUGUUCAGGUGUCCUCUGAAUAGACUGUGAAUAUUAGCCCUUAGAUGGUUCCUGAAUGUGUGAGUUGCCAAGUAUAUUUUCUCAGUAAGUAGGCCUUACUAGUUUGUAGACAUGUGCGAUAGAGUGAAUGAAAUUAAUUUCUGCUUUUCAUGGUGGGAAAUAACUUGCGACGAAUCUUCCAAAUCGAAAAAGUUGCACACGUACCUGAUGGUUUUACUUUCUGAGCGGCAUUAACUGGAUUAGUUGUUGUUUUUCCGUCGGGUAUCUGCCACACGUUCCUACAAAGUCGUAGGUCUUACAUGAGAGGCAAGGGGAAAGUUGUUUUCACCUGAACCUGGAGCAUGUCAUAUGCACCUCUCCGAAAUAUUAUUCAUUAUUUCGACUCUCACCCUGGAGAAUAUGCAAUUGUUUCCUGCCUUUGUCUGCAGGUGAAGCAGUGGACCUCCCACUGAAUCAACUGCAGAAAGAGUUCAUGACUAGGUGGAAUUAUAUUUGUUUGGUCGUGAUACUCAGACGAUUCACAAAGUUCUGAAGAGACCAUGUCCGGUACUGAUGAUGGGGCCAGUACCCCGAAACUGGUCUAUCAAUUGGUCGUAUAGAUCGAAUGAAAUUAAUUUCUGCUUUUGCAAUGAAUCUUUCAAAUCGAAGACGUUUUACUUCAGCUUUCUGGUGGGCCAAAAAAAUCGAUAAUUUUUUUUUCUCUUCAUACUCUGACAAAUAGAUUGGUAGAUUGGUAUCUCCAACAAUUAGCUCUUAAUUUUAAUAGACAAGUCCUCCGCCUGUCAGUUUUUCAUUUUUUCCUCAUGAUUAGGAAGAAAAAAAUACUAUUUGGAAAAAAUAUUUCUCAUAUAUUCAUAGUAAAUUGAAUUCUCAAAAAAAAUCUCUUAUAAUUUUUUUGUAAAACUGACUGUUCAAAAGUUAUUAAUGGCUGACGUUUGGUUAUUUUCAGGCAGAUUUUUUUCUUGUGAAUUUUAUAACUGGUUAACAAAAAUUCACUUCUACAAAAAUGGUCUCUUAUGAUUAGUCGAUUGAAGUAACCGUUUGAAAGAUAUUCAUUGUCAAACUUCGAUGCACAUUAAUUUUAACAGUUUUUGAUUAAUAACUCGAACAAUUUUAAUUCAAAUUAUGAGUUUUGGGAAAAUUCCUACAAACCUGAAUUUCUAUCAACAGAGAAAUGUCGAGGUAUUAGCCAGAGAAGUAAUUGUUUUCCGGCAGGCAUUUACCAGAACCUACUGUGUAUGUACGUUGGAAGAGGUGAAUAUUUCAAGAUUUUAUUUCGAAAUAUUUAUUUUCCUAUAGUUAUGUAUGUAUUAAUCCUUGAUACAACACUCAAACUAAUUUUGACUGCUGCAAGAUAUAUAGUUUGCCUUCCACCACAUUUUCUUUUGAAUCAUCCUUUGAAAAUGAUUUGGAAAAUCUCCUUCACUUUCAUACUCGAAAUACAACUUGACAAUCAAAAUUAUAUUGAAUUAUUUGGUCACAUACAAAAAAGUUUCAGUUUUGUUUGAUCGUAUUUUAUUUCUUUUGUUUGGUUCAUAGAUUAUGCAAGUAUGAUAACAAUUCAGAGACUUUCAGAGAAAAUUAUUUUCUAGCCACAAAUUUUACCAUAUUCUCACUUCUCUGAAACAAAUUUAGUUUUGCGGCAUGAUAUCUAUGCCAGGAAUGUUUCAAAAGAAUUUUUUUCUUUCGUGUAAUUCAAUGUUUAUAUGAAAGUAGCUGUUUCAGGAGGACUUUCUUUU